CGGCUGACUUCACACCAGAACCGCUGACCGAAGGAGACAGAAGUAGCAGGAACAAAAGCAGGAUUUCCAACGCGGCACCGAAGCCAGGACAUCACAGAACAAAAGGCAUUUCAAGACUGAACUUCUGAUAAAAAAGAGCCCUAGAAGUCAUGAUCGCCUCACAGCUUCUCUCUGCUCUCACUCUUGCACUUGUCCUGUUUGAAGAGAGUGGAGCCUGGUCGUACAAUGCGUCCACAGAAACCAUGACUUUCGACGAAGCCAGCGCUUACUGUCAGCAAAGGUACACGCAUCUGGUGGCAAUUCAAAACCAAGAAGAGAUUAAAUACCUGAACUCCGUGUUCAGCCAUUCACCUACUUACUACUGGAUCGGAAUAAGAAAGGUCAAUCAGCAGUGGACCUGGAUAGGGACCCAGAAGCUUCUGACCGAAGAAGCCAAGAACUGGGCUCCCGGCGAACCGAACAACAAGCAGAACAAUGAAGAUUGUGUGGAGAUCUACAUCAAGAGAGACAAGGACACAGGCAUGUGGAAUGACGAGAGAUGCGACAAAAAGAAGCUUGCCUUGUGUUACACAGCUGCCUGUACCCCUACAUCCUGCAGUGGCCACGGUGAGUGUGUGGAGACCGUCAACAACUACACCUGUGAGUGCCACCCCGGCUUCAGUGGACUCAGGUGUGAGCAAGUUGUGACCUGUCAAGCGCAAGAAGACCCUGAGCACGGAAGCCUGGUCUGCGCCCACCCUCUGGGACUCUUCAGCUACAAUUCCUCGUGCUCCGUCCACUGUGAAAAGGGUUACAUCCCAAGCAGCACAGAGGCUGCGCGGUGCACUUCUGUGGGGGACUGGAGCGCCCCUCUUCCAGCCUGCAACGUGGUUGAGUGCAGUGCACUGACAAAGCCCACCAAUGGCACUGUGGACUGUCUCGAAAGCUCUGGAAACUUCCCAUGGAACACAACUUGUACCUUUGCUUGUGAAGAAGGAUUUGAACUAAUGGGCUCCAAGCGCCUCCAGUGUACCUCAUCUGGGAACUGGGACAACAAGAAGCCAACAUGUAAAGCUGUGACAUGUGAGGCCAUCGGCCAUCCUCAGAACGGGUCUGUGAGCUGUAGCCACUCCCCUGAGGGCGAGUUCACCUUUGGGUCCUUCUGCAGUUUCACCUGCGAGGAAGGCUUCCUGGUGCAGGGAGCAGCCCAACUUCAAUGCACCGCGCAAGGGAAAUGGAGUCAGCAGGUCCCAGUUUGUGAAGCUUUUCAGUGCAAAGCCUUGUCCAUCCCAGAGAAAGGCUACAUGAAUUGUCUUCCAAGUGCUUCUGGAAGUUUCCAAAGUGGGUCCAGCUGUGAGUUCUUCUGUGAGAAGGGAUUCGUGUUGAAAGGAUCCAAAAAACUCCAGUGUGGCCCCACAGGCGAAUGGGACAGUGAGGAGCCCACAUGUGAAGCUGUGAAAUGCGACGCUGUCCGGCAUCUCCAGCAUGGCUCGGUGAGGUGUGCCCAUUCCUCUGUUGGAGAGUUCACCUACAAGUCCUCCUGUGCCUUCAGCUGUGAGGACGGCUUUGAGUUACAUGGGUCAGCUCAGCUCGAGUGCACCUCUCAGGGACAGUGGACGCAGAAGGUCCCCUCCUGCCAAGUGGUACAAUGUUCAAGCCUGGCAGUUUCCGGAAAGACGAACAUGAGCUGCAGCGGGGAGCCUGUGUUUGGAGCUGUGUGUACGUUUGCAUGUCCCGAAGGAUGGACAUUCAAUGGGACUACAGCUCUGACCUGUGAUGCCACAGGACACUGGUCUGGGAUCCCACCGACCUGUGAAGCUCCCGCUGAGUCCAGCGCUCCCCUGGCAGUUGGACUUGCUGCUGCUGGGACCUCCUUCUUGACAUUAGCCUCGUUUCUCCUCUGGCUCCUGAAACGCCUGAGGAAGAAGGCAAAGAAAUUUGUUCCUGCCAGCAGCUGCCAGAGCCUUGAAUCCGACGGAUCCUUCCACAUGGCUUUGUAGUCAUUUUCAGUCCAAAGGAAUCAGGAACACACGUACCUCCAGGGGACUAGACCAAUAGCCUGAUGAUGGCAGCGACAGAAGGGGAUCCUCUGGUCUCUGGUGCUUCUCAGUUCCCAUAUCCGCCACCUUGACAGCUGAGAGCAUGGACCCCAUGAGGACUUCAAAGGCCCAGACUCUAGUGGGCAAGGCCAGCCUGUCACCAGCAAGACUCAGCUUUCUCUUUCUUGUUCUCAGCAUCUGGAAAGUGCUGAUGGAGGAAAAGCAUAUUUUCUUCUGGACAAAAGUGAAGAGACUCCGGCUCCAGCGUCUCAGGAUUCCUGUUCUAACUGUCUCCCUGCUCACUGUGAGAUCUCAGUGGAGAAACAUGGUAUUUUGUGGUAUUGUUUCUUUCUGUGUCUCAACUACUGAUUGAUUACAUGGCUGCUGUCGUCGGGAUGAAUAACCGUCAGGAGUUUAGGGAAAACAAAACAACUGGGCCAAAGAUACUCUAUUACCAAUGUGCAAAAAAUGACCAUUUUUAAAAGCCCACAGGCGAGUGCAUGGGGAAAUCCUAUUUAAUACUCUGGGCAAAGAUUACUAAGCAGUCUUAAUCACUUUUAUCCCUGUGGGAUUCAGUGCUUUAUAAAGUGUUCCUAGAGAUUAUGUUCUUUUAUUUGCAUUGGCUAAAGAACAACCUUCCCUAAUUCUUAAUUCAGUGUAAGUAUUGUAGGGACUUUAAAAUAUGUGCAGGUUAAGACUACGUUUAGGGUAAAUGUUACUUAAACUAGAUCUUUAUUUAUUAAUUAAUAGGUUCUGUAGUAAAUUUAUUUCAAAAAAGGGCAAAUGCUGUCCCCCAGCAAUGUAUAUUGUUAACCAGUAUAAAGUCGAGAUUUUUACUAUAGUUACUUUUAAAAACAUGAGUAGCUGGGCACCUGGGUGGCUCAAUCCAUUAAGUAUCUGACUUUGAUCUCAGCUCAGGUCUUGGUCUCAGAGUCACAAGUUUAAGCUCUGCAUUGGGCUCCGUGCUGGGCGUGGAGCCUAUUUUAAAAAUAAAUAAAUAAAAACAGGAGUAGUAUCAGGAGAGUAGAAUCCCAAUGGCAUACACUUGUACAGUGUCAGCUUUGUUUUCAGAAGGAUGUGGCUUUCUAGGACAAAAACUUCCAUUAGGCCAAGUGUUCUGAUUUGAAAAAAGCAUAAAUGCAAACAAAUAAAAGUACACUUUCAUGAAUAUCUUUGUUGAAAAAAAAAAACAGGUAGAAAAUGGAUGUGCUUUCCAUUCCUACAAAGAUGUUUAUCAGAUGCGAUGCAUCAACAUAUCAUUCUUGCAUAUGACGUAAGAUUUUAAAUUCGUGAUGAGAACUCUCCAUGAAAAGGAUUUAUCCAGUGGAUUUUUUUUUAAGUGAAGGUUUUUAAUAUUAAUUCCUUAAUUGUGUUAUUCUGUUUGUUAGAGUGUUCAUGAAGAAAGGACAGUCUGUAUGAAUGAAUACUUAUGUUUAUUUAUGAGGGAAGUUAAAAUUCCUAUGGAAUCUUCAGUUAUCAGUUGAUCAUUGGCAGUGAGAAAUUCUUGGCCCAUCCAUCACCAGAGCUUCUCACUCCAUCUUGCCAAUGAUAUGAGAAUCAAAACUCUCUAAUCUAGCUAGAUUCACUAAUCUGGCAUGUGCUGAAAAAUCAGUUUUGGAGAAGUGCUGGCUGCAUGUUGGCCAACGCAAAGACAAAAGUCAACAGGGAGGCAUGCUAAGGGUCAGAAGGUCAGAGAUUUUGACAGGGCAAAAGAACUCUAGGGAGUAAGGGAGAGAAAAAAUAAACAACUCUGCAAGCAGGCUACCUAUGGAAUAGCUUAUUAUUUUCUCUGAAAUUGCUCAAAUGUUGUACAUAUAAAUAUUUAUAUAUACUGCAGUGGAAAUAGCUGUGUGAAAUGUAAAUAUGGUCUGUGUUUGGGUUUAACAAAGUAUUUUAAAUUAUGAUUUAAAAUAUUUUAUAGUUUUUAAAGUAUGUAUUUAUUUAAGCUUAUGCCAUACCUAUUCUGUGUUUGGCAUGGCAGUACAAAGUUUGAUAAUAAACAUGUUUAUAUUUA